AUGCUGGACAUCCUCGAAAUCGCUCAAACUAAUUUGACCCCUGUAGCUUUAACGUUCGUGAUCAUAUACGCAUCAGUGGAAUAUUUCCGCUCUUCAACUUACAAGUUGCGGCACAUACCUACCAUUGGCUCCUCCAGCGCCAUAUGGUCGUAUACUGAUUCGCUCAAAUUCAUCCAUAAUGCAAGAGACAUGAUUCAUGAAGGAUAUAUUAAAUACCCGGGCAAGGCUUUCAAAGUCGCAGAUAUGUCGCGUUGGAUCGUUGGAGUCAGUGGAAGAGACAUGAUUGACGACAUCCGACGUGCAACAGACGAUCAACUGUCUUUCAUGUCUGCCGUCGAGGAGACCAUCCAUGCUGAUUACACGAUGGGAAAACCUGUUCGACUCGAACCUUUUCACAUUGCGACUGUCCGCUCUCCUCUGACGAAGAACUUGGCCGUACGAUUCCCCGACAUCAAGGACGAGAUAACAGAAGCCUUCGCGGAUUUCAUUCCAGUGUCCAAGGAAUGGAUUUCGGUUCCCGCCCUCCAGACCAUCAUGCAUAUUGUGUGUCGAACAAGCAACCGACUCUUCGUCGGCUUGCCACUGUGUAGAAAUACUGAAUAUCGAACCCUCAAUGAACAAUUCACAAUCCAUGUUUUUCAAGAUGCCCAGAAAAUAAGCAUGUUUCCCCGAUUUCUUCGUCCUUUCGUUGGCCGAUAUUUGACUCAGGUUCCAAAGAGCCUGCGGCGAACAAUUGCCCUUGUAGGUCCUAUGAUUCAACAAAGGCUCGACAAUGAGAAGAGGUAUGGGCCAGAUUGGCCCGAUAAACCGAAUGAUUUAAUCAGUUGGCUCUUGGAGAAUGCGGAAGGACACCAGAAAAACGUCUAUGACAUAGCGCUUCGUUUACUUGCAGUUAAUUUCGCCGCCAUACACACUAGCACCAUGGCGUUCACCAACGUUCUGUACGACCUGGCUGUACAUCCAGAAUGCGUAUCGCCCAUGCGAAAUGAGGUGGAGGUAGUCAUAGAGGCAGAAGGGUGGACAAAGGUGGCAAUGGGCAAACUGCGCAAACUCGACAGUUUCAUCAAGGAAUCCCAACGAUUGACUGCCUCAGCUUUGAGUGUCAACCGAGUGGCUCUUCAAGAUUUCACUUUCUCGAAUGGCGUUACAGUUCCCGCUGGCACCUACAUAGCUGCAGUUGCGCACGAUACCCACGUCGAUGGAGAUAAUUACAGCAACCCCGAUCAAUUCGACGGCUUUAGAUUCUCGGGGAGGAGGGAAGUGGAGAGUGAAAGCAUCAAACACCAAAUGGUCUCCCUCUCUCCAGACUACAUGGUGUUCGGGACAGGGCGACACGCUUGUCCGGGACGCUUCUUCGCCGUCAACGAAAUCAAGGUCAUGUUAGCUCAUGUUCUGUUGACCUACGACGUGAAGCUUCCCAACAACGGCCCUCGCCCCGAGAAUGUCUGGAUGCUCGCCAAUUCUUCUCCCAAUCCCACUGCUGAGGUCUUGUUCCGAAAGCGGGCGGUUGCCUAG